AUGAAAACCUUUUGGCAAAAAAGCCACCAGCUAAGGAUCAUUAAGUUGUUCGGCCCCAUUAUUAGGGUGCUAGACUCCAAUUGCGUGCCUAGGGUACACAACCUGAAGACUCUUUCUGCAACGUAUAAUAAUGUUGAUGACGAUGAUCUUGAAGCUGCAUUGGCAAUGACAAUUGCAUAUGCUGAAGAAAACUUUGUAGAAGAUUGUGAUCAUUCAUUCUUACACGAUCUCGUUGACGAGAUAGGGGAAGCGAAAGAAUGCAAAAAUGACUACGAGUUCGGCACGGCCCAUCGGCAGUGCUGUGCCGAAGAGACUCUCGGUGCAGAAUUGCGAGCAAAAUUUGGAUAUGUAGCUUCUGUGAUCUAUUUCAAGGGGUUCUUUCUUGCAUAUCACUUGGGAAAUGAUGGGAAAUUGUUUUCGGGUGUAGAUAGCAAGACUGGAAUGACACCAGUCCGGGAAUUUUCUAAGCUAGUUAGCAUAGCUAGCUAG